GAUCUCGAAAAGAAAUUGAAUGACAAGGGAAAGGAGAUGGAAAAAAUAUCAAAAGAACUCAAAACAACAAAUGCUGAAAUGAAAGAAUUGAAAUUAUUACUUGACAUGUACAAGGGAUUGUCUAAAGAACAAAGAGACAAGGCAGAAAUAAUGGCGAAUGAAAAAGUUGCAACAUCUGCCAGAGAUGAUCUUGAGAAGAAGAUCAGAUCGUUGGAGGAAGAUGUUGCUCGUGAGGAUGCGAGGAGCAAAGAGUUGGAGAAGAAGCUACAGAGAUCGGAGGAGCAACUUGCAGAUGCGGUAGUAAAGAUGAAGGAAGAGAAAGAUAGGAGAGAGAAGAAAGAAGAGGAGCUUCUACUUAGGGGUCCGGAUGCUGAUUCGUUGAGAAAGAUGAAGGUAUUGGAAGAAACGAUAAUCGAGCUUCGGCGCAAUCUCUCGGCCACCAAGCAAGAGGAGGAAGCUCUUCUAUCGGAGAUGGAUGUUACGGGACAAGCGUUCGAGGAUAUGCAGGAACAAAACAUGAGGUUGCUGCAACAGCUACGCGAGAAAGAUGACGCAAACUUUAAACUUAUGUCUGAGAGAAUAAAAGCCAACCAAGUUCACAAACUUCUACAAGAAGAGAAAAGUGUUUUACAGGAUCAGAACAACACGUUGCAUAUGCAGGUAAAUAUGGGGGGUUCUGAAUGAUAUGUGACCUUAAAU